CCAGACAUGGCCCUCUCAGUGGACUCGUCUUGGUACCGGUGGCAGUGGCGAGUCAGAGAUGGCCUCCCACAGUCUCCAUCAGAAGCCACACCACUGCUGUCCCCAGAGGAGGGGGCGCAGAACUACAACCUGGCACAGCAGCGGGUCGUGUUCCCCAACAACAACGUAUUCCACCAGGAUUGGGCCAAGGUCUCCAGAAGAUACUCUGGCAACAGAAUCUGCACCACCAAGUAUACCCUCUUCACCUUCCUGCCCCAGAAUCUCUUGGAGCAGUUUCACAGAUGGGCUAACCUCUAUUUCCUGUUCCUGGUGAUUCUGAACUGGAUGCCCUCCAUGGAAGUCUUUCACAGGGAAAUCACCAUGUUACCGUUGGCCAUUGUCCUGUUCAUCACCAUGGUCAAGGAUGGCAUAGAGGACUUCAAGAGACACCGCCUUGAUAGAGAGAUAAACUGCUCCAACAUCCAGAUAUAUGAAAGGAAAGAGCAGAGCUACACGCAGAAGUGCUGGAAGGAUGUGCAAGUGGGGGACUUCAUCCAAAUGCAAUGCAAUGAGAUCAUCCCAGCCGACAUACUCCUCCUCUUUUCUUCGGACCCCAGUGGGAUCUGUCAUCUGGAGACCUCCAACUUGGAUGGAGAGACAAACCUCAAACAGAGGCGUGUUGUAAAGGGCUUCACACAGCAGGAGGUACAGUUCCAACCAGAAGGUUUCCACAACAUCGUCGUGUGUGAGAAGCCUAACGACCACCUUAACAGGUUUAAGGGUUAUAUGGAACAUCCCGACCAGAGCAGAACCGGCUUUGGCAGUGAGAGUCUUCUGCUUCGAGGCUGCACCAUCAGAAACACCAGAGUGGCUGUUGGCAUUGUCAUCUACGCGGGCCAUGAGACAAAAGCCAUGCUGAACAACAGCGGCCCGCGGUACAAACGCAGCAAGAUCGAGCGGCGCAUGAACACAGACAUCUUCUUCUGCAUCGGGAUCCUCUUCCUCAUGUGCCUCACUGGGGCUGUAGGUCACAGCCUCUGGAAUGGAACCUUUGCAGAACACCCUCCCUUUGAUGUGCCAGAUGCCGAGGGCAACUUCCUUCCCCUUGCCCUUGGAGGCUUCUAUAUGUUCCUCACCAUGAUCAUUCUGCUCCAGAUACUGAUCCCAAUCUCCCUGUACGUGUCCAUUGAGUUGGUGAAGCUCGGGCAAGUCUUUUUCCUGCACAAUGACCUUGACCUGUAUGAUGAAGAGACCUAUUUGUCCAUUCAGUGUCGAGCCCUCAACAUCACUGAGGACUUGGGCCAGAUCCAGUACAUCUUCUCUGACAAGACGGGGACGCUGACCGAGAACAAGAUGGUGUUCAGGCGUUGUACCAUCAUGGGCCACGAAUAUUCUCACCAAGAAAAUGCUAAGCGACUAGAGACCCCAGAGGAGCUGGACUCAGACAGCGAAGAGUGGACCCAAUACCGGUGCUUGUCCUUCCCAGCCCGAAGGGACCAGGGACCAGCAACAAUAAGGGGCCAAGGAGGGUCCCAGCCUCUGAGGAGCCAGAGUGCCCGGGCACGCAUCCAGGGCCACUGGCGACAAAGGUCCAGGGGGCGCUGUGAAAUCUCACAGCCCCCUGUGGCCUUCAGCAGCUCCAUAGAAAAAGAUGUGACUCCGGAUAAAAACCUCCUGACCAAGGUACGAGAUGCAGCCCUGUGGCUGGAAACCCUGUCACACAGCAGACCUGCCAAGCCUUCCCUCUCCACUACCUCCUCCACUGCUGACUUCUUCCUGGCCUUAACCAUCUGCAACUCCGUCACGGUCUCCACGACCGCAGAGCCCCGUCAGAGGGUCACAGUGCCACCCUCGACCAAGGCUCUGGUGACAUCCCUGGAGAAGAUUCAGCAGCUGUUCCACAGGUUGAAGCUUUCGAGCCUCAGCCAGUCAUUCUCGACCACCGCACUCUCCGACGUGGACCUGGGGGAGAGUUUGGGGGCCAACAUGCCCACCACGGACUCGGAAGAGAGAGACGACGCGUCUGUGAGCAGUGGCGGCUACUCCACCGACGGCGGCUACAGGAGCAGCACAGGGGAGCAGGGUGACAUCCUGGGGGCGGGUCCGGGUGCCUCCCUGGAGGAGGUGCUGCAGGCCCCGGCCCUCAGCCUGGCCGGCCCCGAAGUCUGUUACGAGGCCGAGAGCCCCGAUGAGGCUGCCCUGGUGCACGCUGCCCGUGCCUACAGCUUCACGCUGGUGUCCCGGACGCCCAAGCAGGUGACCGUGCGCUUGCCCCAAGGCACCUGCCUCACCUUCGAUGUCCUCUGCACCCUGGAGUUUGACUCUGUCAGGAAGAGGAUGUCCGUGGUCGUGAGGCACCCGCUGACCGGUGAGAUCAUCGUCUACACCAAGGGUGCCGACUGCGUUAUCAUGGACCUGCUGGAAGACCCAGCCUGCGCGACUGACGCUGAUGUGGAAAAGAAGGUGAGGAAAAUCCGAGCCCAGACCCAGAGGCAUCUAGACUUGUAUGCGAGGGACGGCCUUCGAACACUGUGCAUUGCCAAGAAGAUCUUAAGUGAAGAGGACUUCCAGAGAUGGGCCAGUUCCCGGCAUGAGGCUGAGGCGUCCCUCAACAACAGAGAUGAGCUUCUCAUGGAGACAGCACAGCACCUGGAGAAUCAACUCACCUUACUCGGAGCCACUGGGGUCGAAGACCGGCUGCAGGAAGGAGUUCCAGAUACAGUCGCUGCUCUGCAGGAGGCUGGGAUCCGGCUCUGGGUCCUGACUGGAGAUAAGCAGCAGACGGCAGUCAAUAUCGCCUAUGCCUGCAGACUGUUAGACCAGAAGGACACCGUUUAUUCCAUUAACACAGAAAGUCAGGAAACCUGUGAAUCUAUCCUCAGUUUGGUAUUGGAAGAGGUAAAGCAACUUCAUGGACCACAGAAGCCGGACCACAAGCUCUCUGGGUUCUGCCUACCUUCUGUGACGCCACCCCCCACCUCAGGAGCUGCAGUUCCAGAGGUUGGAUUGGUCAUCGAUGGGAAGACGUUGAACGCCAUUUUCCAGGGAAAACUGGAGGAGAAAUUUCUGGAGUUGACCCGGUAUUGCCGGUCUGUCCUGUGCUGCCGCUCCACCCCACUCCAGAAGAGUAUGCUCGUCAAGCUGGUGCGAGACAGGCUAAGAGCCAUGACCCUUUCCAUAGGUGAUGGAGCAAAUGACGUAAGCAUGAUUCAAGCUGCUGAUAUUGGGAUUGGAAUAUCUGGACAGGAAGGCAUGCAGGCCGUCAUGUCCAGCGACUUUGCCAUCUCCCACUUCAGACACCUCAAGAAGCUGCUGCUUGUGCACGGACACUGGUGUUACUCACGCCUGGCCAGGAUGGUGGCGUAUUACUUCUACAAGAACGUGGGCUACGUCAACCUGCUCUUCUGGUACCAGUUCUUCUGUGGUUUCUCUGGCUCCACCAUGAUCGAUUACUGGCAGUUGAUCUUCUUCAAUCUCUUCUUCACCUCCUUGCCUCCCCUUGUCUUCGGAGUCCUCGAUAAAGACAUCUCUAUGGAAACACUCCUGGCGUUGCCUGAGCUGUACAAGAGCGGCCAGAACUCUGAGUGCUAUAACCUGCUGACUUUCUGGAUUUCCAUGGCGGAUGCGUUCUACCAGAGCCUCGUCUGUUUCUUUAUCCCCUACCUGACCUACAAGGAUUCUGAUAUCGACGUCUUUACCUUUGGGACACCCAUCAAUACCGUUUCCCUCGCCACAAUCCUCCUGCACCAGGCAAUGGAAAUGAAGACCUGGACCAUCAUCCACGGGCUUGUUCUCGCAGGCAGCUUCCUGAUGUACUUUGUGGUAUCCCUAGUGUACAACGCCACCUGCGUCACCUGCAACAGUCCCAUCAACCCCUACUGGGUGAUGGAAGGCCAGCUCUCGGACCCCACUUUCUACCUCGUCUGCCUCCUCACACCGGUCGUGGCUCUUCUCCCAAGGUACUUUCUCCUGGCUCUACAAGGGACAUAUGGGAAGUCUCUGAUCUUAAAAGCUCAGAAAAUUGACAAACUCCCCAUGGACAAAAGAGAGCUGGAAAUCCAGAGUUGGAGAAGCCGACAGAGGACUGCCACCGUCCCUGGAGAGGCCCAGCCCACCCACCAUCCAGGGCCACCUGCCCCAGAACCGAGCUACAGAGCCAACCCAAAGAGCUCGAGCCCUGUGGAGUGCAAGUACAAAGAGGACUGGGUGCUGCCCGGAGAGAGAUCCAGUGGAGACCACAUAAGGGAUGACCCAUGCUCAUGGGACUCCUGGGCUAAAUUCUCAUCUGGGGAGCACCUUCUCCUGGAGCCUAGUAGGAUGAUGGCGUCCGGAGCCUACUCAAGUGGACAGACUAACUCGAACCGGCCCUUCAGCCAGGGCAGCCAUCGCCGAUCCCAGAGUUCAGUGACCAUAUGA